AACUUCCGCUCCCUUCGGUGUACGUCAGGCAGGAGGCGGAAGCGCAGCGGGGGCGGGAAGGUUGUAGAGCCGCAAGUUGGGCUCUGUUUGCAGGUCUCUAAGUGGUCGCGCCCCCUUUGAGAGAGCGAUCGGACCGCAAGGAGGCUCCUGGGUGCUCUCUUGGCCCUGGGGACUGUAAAGUGCUGACCAGUUGCCACUGAGCAUAGCUGAAACAAAAUAGGAAGAUAUGGCAGCAAACCCUUCAGGACAAGGGUUACAGUAAUCUUACCACUACCAAAACAAAACAAAAUUUCAGGUUUUCAAAACAAAAACAGAGUUGCAAUCUUGGCAGAACUGGACAAAGAGAAGAGAAAAUUACUAAUGCAAAACCAAUCCUCAACUAAUCAUCCUGGGGCGAGCAUCGCACUCUCGAGACCCUCUCUUAAUAAGGACUUCCGGGAUCAUGCCGAGCAGCAGCAUAUCGCAGCCCAGCAGAAGGCAGCUUUGCAGCACGCACACGCACACUCAUCUGGAUACUUCAUAACUCAAGACUCUGCCUUUGGGAACCUCAUUCUUCCUGUUUUACCUCGCCUUGACCCAGAAUGAAGAAAAGAUUUGUCAAAAGUGACUAUAAUAUCAGAUGCCAAAGCUACUAUCAUUUAGUGCUAUACGAACUGUGACUUUCAGAAUUUUGGUGAACUUCUAUACUUUUUUGCUCCUUUAAAAGAAAGGCAUGUAUAUGUCGAAGCAGAAAAGGAGGGUCACCAGGAGGAUGAGAGUUUUGGAAGCCGUAUUAUCUAAGGAACUGAUGAUGCUACUUGUGACUGUUUUGGAACACAGUUUGAUUUUUGAACCCAAAUCAGACUCUGAAUUGGAUGGUCACAUAAAUUCACCCCCCACCCCCCAACUAGGUGGAUUGAAUAUAUCAUUGUCCGCAGUAGACUUUCAUGAAUAGUACUUAACUUUAAAGAAAUGAGGGUGCUUUUAAAAAUGUGAACCAGUAGGCUUAAAUGAUUUACAUUCAUAUUUGCUGUUUAUAGAAUUGCUAUCAGUGUACCUUCUGUGUUUAUAGUCAACUUGUCAUUCUUAAAUAUUCUUUAACUCGUGACUAACUCCUUUAUUCUCCAUUUUCAAAGAAAAUCUAAGAGUAAGUUACCAACCAGUCUUUAACAUCUUUUAUAAACCUAUGCUACUAUAAUUAUGUGACUAAAUGUGAUUAAAAACAAUGAUAAGAAAUGUGAUUUAAAAAUU